AUGAGGCUGCUCACUCAUAAUUUUCUAUGCUGCAUCCAGUGCCAAUCUUUUCCGCUUCAGCUGCAGGCCACUGAGUUGGAGGUACUGGCAUCUGAGUACAACCCUGAAUUCAUUCGAACAAUGCUCGCACGGAUGGAUUACACCUAUCUUGUGGAAGCUUUCAAUUCCUUGCGUUCUCAGAAGCAGGACCAGGUGGAUGCCGGUAAUGUCCUGCCGGAGAAAUUAGAGGACGUGGAUCUCUCCGAUGACUCAAGGGACCUCAAGGCUGUACAUUACGCCAUUCAAGACGUGGCCAUCCGUGAAGGAGCACUGCGCUGCCCACAAUGCAAACGGGAAUAUCCCAUUCGUGAGUUUAUUCCUGAUAUGAUUGCUGCUGAACACUAG